CCUUUCUCUAGUCUUUCACGAGUUUAUUCGGAUCCUAGAUUCGAGAAAACUCUCUCUUUCUCUCGAUUCUUUAACUGUAUUAACGACUCAUCUUUUUCUCCCCUUAUAAGCUCUUUGCGGGAUCUCGAAACAACGAGGAGAAAAAAUAAAGAAGCAGCAAAAACUUUCGUUCUCUACGUGCGUUGUUCAGUAAAAAAAAUAAGGAACUAGUCAGAACAAGCUGCGAAGUGCAGAUGCUAGAAAACUAAAGCUUCCAAAUCCUAUAGGAUAAGAAGUGAUCAAUUUCAAUUUGAGCUGGGAUUUUUGAAGGGGAGAGAAAUAGGAGGGGGCAAAAAUGAAGAAUUCAGUAUCAGAACAGAAUUUUUACAUAGAAAGCGAAGAAGAAGAUGAGGAGAAGGAAUUUAACAGAGAUGGAGAAGGUGAAGCAGAUGUUAAUGGAACAGAUUCUGAUGAAUCUUUGGCCGAUGAUAAUCGGCAGCAGAGUAAAACCGGUUCUUACAACACCUCUUGGCCUCAAAGUUACAGGCAAUCCAUCGAUUUAUACAGUAGUGUACCAUCUCCAAAUCUUACUUUUUUGGGGACUCCUACACUAUCAAGAUUAAGCAGCUCGUAUCUUUCCUCUUCACUUACAAGAAGACACACACCAGAAUCGUUACCUACUGUUGUAAAGCCUCUACUAGACAAACCAGAGGACGAGCAACUUCCACCACAAAGGCGUAGUUCUCGUUCUCUACUGCCUCCAACUCUAUUAAGAAGGUCAUCAUCCAUUAGAAAGGAUGAGAAACUAUCCCGGGUUUCGCACGAGCUUCCCAUGUCUCGUCAAAGCUCAUUUGGACAAGCUGUGCUUAAUGGCUUGAAUGUUCUGUGCGGAGUAGGUAUUUUAUCUACUCCUUAUGCUGCUAAAGAAGGAGGAUGGCUAGGGCUAUCCAUAUUGCUCAUAUUUGCAGUUCUUUCUUUCUACACUGGGAUGCUCUUGCGUUACUGUUUGGAUAGUGAACCAGGACUUGGAACUUACCCAGACAUUGGCCAAGCUGCCUUCGGCACCGCUGGCCGCGUUGUCAUCUCAAUAAUAUUGUAUGUGGAAUUGUAUGCUUGUUGCGUUGAAUAUAUAAUUUUGGAGAGUGAUAAUUUAUCCUCGUUGUUUCCAAAUGCAAAUAUAAGUUUGGGUGGAUUUGAGUUGGAUUCCCCCCAUUUUUUUGCAUUGAUGACUACCCUCGCCGUUCUUCCUACUGUUUGGCUUAGAGACCUCAGUGUCCUCAGUUACAUUUCCGCUGGUGGAGUUAUUGCAUCAGUUUUGGUGGUCCUGUGCUUGUUUUGGAUUGGUUUGGUUGAUAAUGUGGGCAUUCACAGCGAAGGGACGGUACUCAAUCUUGGAACUCUUCCUGUUGCCAUUGGUCUCUACGGUUAUUGUUACUCAGGACAUGCUGUUUUUCCGAACAUCUACACUUCCAUGGCACAGCCUAGCAGAUUUCCUGCAGUUCUCUUAGCAUGCUUCGGUAUUUGUACUUUGCUGUAUGCUGGAGUUGCUUACAUGGGGUACACGAUGUUCGGAGAAAAAACAGAAUCUCAAUUCACUCUUAACUUGCCUCAAGAUCUAGUUGCCUCGAAGGUUGCUGUGUGGACUACGGUAGUUAACCCCUUUACCAAAUAUGCAUUAACCAUGUCUCCAGUGGCAAUGAGUCUGGAGGAGUUGAUACCAUCAAACCACAUGAAGUCUCACAUGUAUGCGAUUUGCAUUAGGACAGCACUGGUGAUCUCUACCUUAUUGGUCGCUCUCUCCAUCCCUUUUUUCGGUUUGGUCAUGUCACUGAUUGGAUCUUUACUCACAAUGCUUGUGACCUUGAUACUUCCUUGUGCUUGCUUUCUGAGCAUCUUGAGGGCUAAAGCAACAAGAUUUCAGAUUGCAGUUUGUAUCAUAAUCAUUGCAGUGGGAGUUGUAUCAUCAGUCUUCGGAACCCGCUCAUCCCUAUCCCAAAUCAUUGAGAAUUUGAACACAUGAGAUUUUGGGUUACUUCUCCAACAACAAUGGAAACAAGAUUUCCCUUUUAAGUACUUUACCUCCUUAUUCUCCAUUCCAAUUUUGAGACAGUUUUGAUGUUUGAAUCCCCUGUUCCCUUCAGUGCCCUCGUAACUUGAAAUUUUGCGUUCUUAUAGACAAGAUUUUAUUAGAAACAAUGAUGAAGAAGGUCUGUCGUUUUAUCCUCUCAUUAAAACAAGCUCGACUGAUUGAGGAUUUUUGGAAAUUUCAGAAAACCCAGCAAUUGUCGUGAUU